CCCGCGGCGCGCUCUGCUGGGGCUGUUGGCACUCCUGCUGCUGCUGGCCGGGAGCUGGGCGCUGCCGCCCGUCAUCAAGAUAGGCGCCAUCUUCACGGAGGACCAGAAGGACAGCAGCACGGAGCUGGCCUUCAAGUACGCCGUGUACCGCGUCAACAAGGACAAGCACCUGCUGCCCAACACGACGCUGGUGUACGACAUCCAGUACGUGCCGCGGGACGACAGCUUCCGCGCCUCCAAGAAAGCGUGCCAGCAGGUGCAGUUCGGCGUGCACGCGGUGUUCGGGCCGUCCGACCCGCUGCUCGGCGCGCACAUCCACUCCAUCUGCGACGCCCUGGACAUCCCGCACCUGGAGGCGCGCCUGGACCCCGACCAGGAGUUCCGCGAGUUCUCCGUCAACCUGCACCCGGCGCAGCGCCUGCUCAACCAGGCCUUCCAGGACCUCAUGGACUUCCUCAACUGGACGCGCGUCGCCGUCGUCUACGAGGAGGACUACGGGCUGGUGAAGCUGCGGGAGCUGGUGCGCACCCAGGUGAACCGCGACCUGGAGGUGGUGGUGAGGCAGGCCGACCCCGACUCCUACCGCGCCGUGCUCAAGGACAUCAAGAGCAAGGAGAUACACAACCUGGUCGUCGACACCAAGCCGCACAACAUCAACCACUUCCUCAAAGGGAUUCUUCAGCUUCAAAUGAACGAUUACAAAUACAAUUACUUCUUCACUAAUUUUGAUGUGGAGACCUUCGAUCUGGAGGACUUCAAGUACAACUUCGUCAACAUGACGGCGUUCCGCAUCGUGGACCUGGAUGACCUCAAGGUGCAGGCGAUCCUCAAGGACAUGGACCGCUUCCAGCCCACCGGCCGUGGCAUCCUCGACUCCAGGGCCAUACAGGCUGAGCCGGCGCUCAUGUUCGACUCGGUGACGGUGUUCGCCGCCGGCCUGCACGCCCUGGAGCGCGGCCACCCGCUCAGGCUGGCCAACGUGUCGUGCGACCGCGAGCUGCCCUGGGACGGCGGCCUCAGCCUGCUCAACUACAUCAACUCGGUGGAGACGAAAGGCCUGAGCGGUCCCAUAGAGUUCAAGGAGGGCCGGCGAGUGCAGUUCAAGCUGGACCUGCUGCGACUCAAGCAGCACGCGCUGGUGAAGGUGGGCGAGUGGACCCCCGCCUCGGGCCUCAACGUCACCGACCGCGGCGCCUUCUUCGAGCCGGGCCCAAUGAAUGUCACCCUCGUCGUCAUCACCAUCCUGGAGCAGCCCUACGUGAUGUUCCGGACUGAUGCCAACCUGUCGGGCAACGCGCGCUACGAGGGCUUCUGCAUCGACCUGCUGCGCGAGGUGGCUGCCAUGGUGGGCUUCGAGUACCGCAUCCACCUGGUGCCCGACGGCAAGUACGGCGUCUACGACCUGGACACGGGCGAGUGGAACGGCAUCGUGCGCCAGCUCAUGGACAAGAAAGCCGAUCUUGCUGUUGGUUCGAUGACAAUUAAUUACGCAAGAGAGAGUGUGAUAGACUUUACGAAACCUUUCAUGAACUUGGGUAUCAGCAUUCUAUUCAAGGUGCCGACGGCGCAGCCCACGCGGCUGUUCUCCUUCAUGAACCCGCUGGCGGUGGAGAUCUGGCUGUACGUGCUGGCCGCCUACGUGCUCGUGUCCGUCACCAUGUUCGUGGUGGCGCGCUUCUCGCCCUGCGAGUGGCACAACCCGCACCCCUGCGACCUGGACAACGACCUGGUCGAGAACCAGUUCUCGCUCGCCAACAGCUUCUGGUUCACCAUCGGCACGCUCAUGCAGCAGGGCUCCGACCUCAACCCCAAGGCGACGUCGACGCGCAUCGUGGGCGGCAUCUGGUGGUUCUUCACGCUCAUCAUCAUCUCGUCGUACACGGCCAACCUGGCCGCCUUCCUCACCGUCGAGCGCAUGAUCACGCCCAUCGAGAACUCCGAAGACCUGGCGGGCCAGACCGACAUCUCGUAUGGCACGCUGGACAGUGGCUCCACCAUGACCUUCUUCCGGGACUCUAUGAUCGAGACCUACAAGAAGAUGUGGAGGUUCAUGGAGAACAAGAAGCCAUCCGUGUUCGUGCCGACUUACGAGGAGGGCAUCAAGAGGGUGCUGGAGGGGAACUACGCCUUCCUCAUGGAGUCUACGAUGCUGGACUACAUCGUGCAGCGGGACUGCAACCUCACGCAGAUCGGCGGCCUGCUCGACACCAAGGGAUACGGCAUCGCCACGCCCAUGGGCUCCCCGUGGCGCGACAAGAUCUCGCUGGCCAUCCUCGAGCUGCAGGAGCGCGGGGAGAUACAGAUGCUGUACGACAAGUGGUGGAAGAACCCGGGCGACACGUGCGUGCGGACCGAGCGCGGCAAGGAGUCCAAGGCGAACGCCCUGGGAGUCGACAACAUCGGCGGCAUAUUCGUGGUGCUGCUGUGCGGACUGGCGGUAGCCGUCAUGGUCGCCAUCUUCGAGUUCUGCUACAACUCCAAGAGGACAACGCAGGCAGAGAUGAAGGCGGCGCCGGCCCCGCAGCAGUCGCUGUGCGCGGAGAUGGCCGCCGAGCUGUGCUUCGCGCUCAAGUGCCGCGGCUCCCGCCAGAAGCCCGCGCUGCGCCGCCAGUGCUCCAAGUGCGUGCCGGCCGCCGCCCUCGACCUGCCGCCCCCGGCCUGCCGCCCCCAGGCCUGCCGCCCCCAGGCCUGCCGCCCCCAGGGCGAGAGCCUGGGAGCGACCAUAGAGCUGCCGGCGCGCCUGCAGCACCAUCUACACGGCGGCCGCUGCAACUACGAGAACACAUAGCGACAGCAGCGCCACGCGCCGCUGUGACGUCAGCGCUCGCCGUAGGAGGGGGGGCGGUGGGCCGCCCGCGAACUUCUUCAAGUCCCGUUCUUACAGCGGCGCGGAUACGGAGACGGAUCUCACGUAACAUAGUUCCUACAACAGCACCCGUACGGAUCAGCUCGGCAUUGUUGAGCUCUUCCGUUUGCGUCGCUCCGUGCGACCAAUAGAAACAGAGUACUUGGCCGUGGUGGGAGCCAUGUUUGUUUCUGUUCUAAAUACGUUAAAAAUUACUCCGUACAAGGAUUUCUAGUGCUAUCUUACAGUU